AUGUCGGGCUACACUUCAGGCGGUACGAUUGCGCCCUCGUCCGGCCACUCCCCCUUUGCUCGGGCCAAUCUCCCCCCCUCGACCUCGUUCUCGUCCUUCCCAUCGACCUCGCUCUCGUCCCCCUCUGGUUCGUCCCCCUACGUCACCGACCGACCCUCGCACUCUCGCUUCGCCUACCACGAACCCACCCCUGCGACGAUGUCCUCGUCCUCGUCGUCACAAACGAGUCCGACCAAGAAUCACCAUGGCGUCGGCGGUGGUGGAGGUGGUCAGGCCGGAGCCGUGAAUACGCCUUCGUCCCCUUCGGCUGGCCACGAGGCGAGGGGUCAGACCUUGGAGGAGAUGUACUCGGCACCCGAGAACACGUUGGAGAUCGAGGUCAGGGAUCCGAGAACGCAAGGUCAGUGCAGCCGGUCUCGGGUUGGGUGAUGGCCAGCAACGACGCUCGCACCGCUCGGCCGAGACCGACGACGUCGACGUCGACGACGCCCAACGAUGAUCGCUCAACCCCACCCCCAAUCAUCCCCGCUGCACUGCACAGAGUUUGGUCGCAAGAUGUUUACCGACUAUGAAAUCAUGUGCCGCGUCCGUCCAUAUUGGAAGUGGCAUUCGCAUGCGUCCACGCCAAGAGCUGACCUCCACGCUCCUCGCCCCCACAGACCAACAUCCCCGCCUUCCGAGUCCGCUACUCGUCCGUACGCCGCCGCUACUCGGACUUUGAGGCGUUCCGCGAGAUCCUCGAACGCGAAUCCACGCGCGUCAACAUCCCGCCUCUGCCCGGCAAGGUCUUCUCCGGCCGCUUCUCGGACGAGGUGAUCGAGCAACGGAGGGAAGGGCUCGAGAGGUUCUUGCAGAUCGUCGCUGGCCACCCAUUGCUUCAGGUCAGUCACGCUCGCCCAGCCUUACUCUGGGGAACAAGUAUUGAUCGAGUUGUGAUUGGCCGUGCGCGUCAACAGACCGGUUCCAAAGUCUUGUGCGCAUUCCUGCAGGACCCCAGCUGGAACAAGAGCGAUUGGCCUUGA